AGUACCUGGCGCCCGCGCCCGUCCACCCGGGCUGUUUCUGCUCAGACUUCUCCCGGGAAUUCCAGGUAUUCUAAAUACUCCCAGAAUUCAGAGGCCGAGUCCGGACCAGUCGAGUCCAAAUAAACUGGACGGAUAGCCCCGCUUUGCCCUCAGCUCUAAUCUUCAUGGGCCCGUUAUUGAGCCCGUAUUUACUCAUCUGCUAAAUAGGAACGGGGAUACUAAUUUGCAGGUUGUCAUUAUAAGACAAGAAGAUCUGAUCAAUAUAUGUGAGAUGCUUUUGUAUACCACCUAACUGUUAUUGAAUGAAAAUAAUUAUAUUAUACAACUUCCUUAGUGCUUUCCCGUCCCAGGGAAGCCCAGAUUGUUUUUUAAGAUAAACAGAAUAGCUUAAAAGCAAGCUGUUCUUACUUUGCAAAUUUUUCUAUAGUUUGUUUUUGCCGUUUUUGUUUUUAACGUAAAUUAAGUCAUGCCACCUUAAUACUGUAAAUCAAUGAUCUCCCUUGACACGUGGACUAAAAUCCAAGUUCCCAUAAAAACCACAGGACCUGCCUUCACCUUUUCUGAAUUUAGCUUCCACCUCUGCCUCUCCGGCUGUCAGGCAUGCCUCAAGGCCUUUGCACUUGUUUUUCUCUCAACUUAGAAUGCUCUUCCUCCAGAUCUUUCUCCGGCUUUAUGACAGAGAAGAAAGAAGGAAAAAAAAAAAACACCCAAGUUUGAUUAAAAUACUAGAUCUAUUCACUUUAGUUUUGAAAGUCCUACUUUGAGCCUCUUCUAAAGGCUAAUUUGAGCAUCUAAAGUUUCUAAGAAAAAUUUAGCAACAUGAUUUCCCUGAUGGAAUAUUCUGUUACCUUUAUUUAGAAAAGGAAGUUGGCAUUCCUACAUUAUAACCAUUCUGUGAGGCAAGUAAAAAAAAAAGUUUUCCCAUGACUACCUGUAUAUUUCUUGAAUUUUUUAUUGUGAAGUUGACUCAUAGUAAGUAAAGCAAUUAAAUGCUUAAGUCAAGAUUGACACUGAAGAAUUAUUUAUUCACUGUCUUUACUGUUUUUGUAGCAAAUCCUUGCUGUUCCCAUCCAUGCCAGAAUCGAGGUGUAUGUAUGAGUGUAGGAUUUGACCAGUAUAAAUGUGACUGUACCCGAACAGGAUUCUAUGGUGAAAACUGUACCACACCUGAAUUUCUGACGAGAAUAAAAUUACUCCUGAAACCCACUCCCAACACAGUGCACUACAUACUUACCCACUUCAAGGGAGUCUGGAACAUUGUCAAUAAUAUCUCCUUCCUGCGAAAUAUGAUUAUGAGAUAUGUGUUGACCUCGAGAUCACAUUUGAUUGACAGUCCGCCCACUUAUAAUGUGCACUACAGCUAUAAAAGCUGGGAAGCCUUUUCUAACCUGUCCUAUUACACCAGAGCUCUUCCUCCUGUGCCCGAUGACUGCCCAACACCCAUGGGUGUGAAAGGGAGGAAAGAGCUUCCUGAUUCAAAAGAAGUUGUGAAAAAAGUACUUCUAAGAAGAAAGUUCAUUCCUGAUCCCCAAGGCACAAAUAUGAUGUUUGCAUUCUUUGCCCAGCACUUCACCCAUCAGUUUUUCAAGACAGAUUUUGAACGAGGACCAGCUUUCACUAAGGGAAAGAACCAUGGGGUGGACUUAAGUCACAUUUAUGGUGAAUCUUUAGAGAGACAGCAUAAGCUGCGCCUUUUCAAGGAUGGAAAAAUGAAAUAUCAGAUGAUUAAUGGAGAGAUGUAUCCUCCCACAGUCAAAGAUACUCAGGUCGAAAUGAUCUACCCACCUCAUGUUCCUGAACACUUAAAGUUUGCUGUGGGCCAGGAGGUCUUUGGUCUGGUGCCUGGUCUGAUGAUGUAUGCCACCAUUUGGCUGCGGGAACACAACAGAGUGUGUGAUGUGCUGAAACAAGAGCAUCCAGAAUGGGGCGAUGAGCAGUUGUUCCAGACAAGCAGGCUAAUCCUGAUAGGAGAAACUAUUAAGAUUGUGAUUGAAGACUACGUACAGCACUUGAGUGGCUAUCACUUCAAACUGAAGUUUGACCCAGAGCUGCUUUUCAACCAGCAGUUCCAGUACCAAAACCGUAUUGCUGCUGAGUUUAACACACUCUACCACUGGCAUCCCCUUCUGCCUGAUGUCUUUCGGAUUGAUGGCCAGGAGUACAACUAUCAGCAGUUUAUCUAUAAUAAUUCUAUCUUACUGGAACAUGGUGUCACUCAGUUUGUUGAAUCAUUCACCAGGCAAAAUGCUGGCAGGGUUGCUGGCGGUAGGAAUCUUCCAGUCGCAGUAGAGAAAGUGUCAAAGGCUUCAAUUGACCAGAGCAGAGAGAUGAAAUACCAGUCUUUUAAUGAGUAUCGCAAACGUUUUCUGCUGAAGCCCUAUGAAUCAUUUGAGGAACUUACAGGAGAGAAGGAAAUGGCUGCAGAGUUAGAAGCACUCUACGGAGACAUAGAUGCCAUGGAGCUGUAUCCCGCCCUUCUGGUAGAGAAGCCUCGUCCAGACGCCAUCUUUGGGGAGACCAUGGUAGAAGCUGGAGCGCCAUUCUCCCUGAAAGGACUUAUGGGUAAUCCUAUAUGUUCUCCUGAGUACUGGAAGCCUAGCACUUUUGGUGGAGAAGUAGGUUUUAAAAUCAUCAACACUGCCUCAAUUCAGUCUCUCAUCUGCAAUAACGUGAAAGGCUGUCCUUUUACCUCAUUCAGUGUUCAAGACGCGCACCUCACCAAAACAGUCACCAUUAAUGCAAGCUCUUCCCACUCUGGACUCGAUGAUAUCAACCCCACAGUCCUCCUAAAGGAACGUUCAACCGAACUGUAGAAGCCUAGUGAUCGUAUUUAUUUAUUUAUAUGAACUGUUUCUUUUAACUUAAUUAUUUAAUAUUUAUAUGAAACUCCUUGUGUUACUUAACAUCUGUUAAGGAGAAAAGGGGGUCAUAUUUGUGAAGAUUUUCAUGUUGAUUUUAAAGAUGUCGAAGUUUCUUCAAGUUAAAGGGGAAAGCAGUUUUCAUUCUUCUGUACAAUCCAAUGGGAGAUGAGUAUGACAUCUUUUUACUUGAAUUUCAACUUAUAAUAAGAACAAAAGCUAAGUUUGAACACUUAAAUGCUGUUGCAAGAUGACAAAAUGCUGCACAUUUCAACACUAUCAAUAUUUCCAGGGCGUCUUCUAUGAUGAAUGAGAAACAGCUGUCUACUCACUGGUCCUUUUAUGGUCUUCUUUUGGCCAUUUUCAGAUCAGUUUACUUCAUCUAUUUUGUUUUCCUGGUUUUAACGUCUGAGUGUGUGUUUUUUGGACUCUGCCUGUACUUUCUUACCUGAACUUAUGCGAGUUUUCAGGAAAACCUCAGCUCAGAACUACUACAAAAGGCCUUUACAAAAAGGUAUACAUUCAUUUUAAGUGAAAGGCAGAGAACUCUACAAAUAAACUAUAACCUAAUAAAGAGCCCAAUACCUUAGAGCCCUAGGGAGUUGUUGACACCAAGAAAGUAUUCCUAUUCUAAUUAAUGUCUUUCCUCAUUUGAAAGCAAAUAAUUGCUGAAUAGUUCCCAGGAAGACAAUGUUUAUUUUCCACAUCUCAUUGUCAGUUGACAUUUUCUGGUACUGUAUAUUAAUUUAAUUUAUUGAGGGCUAUUAUGUCUUCUUAGGAUGACUAUUAUAAACUGGGUUUAAGGCUGCAUGGUGGGUUUUUUUUUGGCAUUAUGUCAGAAUCAAUGUAUCUUUUAGGAUUACCUCUCUGAAUUAUUACUAUAAUAUAAAUGUUUGGAUUAAGAUUUGUGAAAACAUGUUAGGAACCCAACUCUGGUAUAUUGAGACGUAAAGCUGGAAUUCUUUAAGUUUUACCUAUUCACCAGCCCACAGAAAACGCUGUCUCAUUACCCUGGAUGUGCUAUAACACUGACAGUGUAUACAUUUUUGAAGGACUUGCAGAUGUUUCAUUAAUUCAUUCACCCCUAACUUUCUGGAGAAACAUUCUUUACAAAGCACUGUGGGUCUUAAUAUUUUUAAAUCAUGCACUGAAAAAUCAGUAUUUAUGUAAAUAAUUGAAAAAGUAUGCCUGUUAGGCAGAGGGAGAAAAAUGAAAUUUCAUUAAAGAGAAAUAACUCAGGGGAACUUUCAAGAUUUUAUGUUUAAAUGAUUUAUGGUUAAGAAAGAGUCAACAGUAGAAGAGCUUGUAUUAAAAAACUGUUACUUUCAUUGAUUUUUUAAAAAAUGAUUUGUUAAUAUCUGAAUGACUGAAUCUGGGAAUUUGGAAUAUGUGAGUGUUUUGGUGCCUCAGACUAUGUAUGAUUAAAUUAAUUUAUGUAAACCUUAAGUGUUGAAACAAAUAGCUGUUUAUUUUUGUAUUAUUUAAAAAUUGAAAACCUCUUCUAAAAUAAAUUUUGACUGUUUCUGUA